AUGGUCGCGUGGGGUCCGCUGCAGCGGCGGCUGUUCGCCUACAUUGCUCGCCAUCCACAGUUCCAGCAGGCCGUAAGGAACGUGGGGCAGCGCGUGGUGGCUCACCCGACGUUUCAGAAAGCGAAGCAAAGCGCGUACUCUGCGUUUGAGAAGGCGGGCACGAGAGCCGCUCGCGGUGGUACUGUGUCAGGCGCGAAAGGGUGUGGUAGUACAGAGGAAUCGACGCUUCACGCAUGGAGGCGUAGGAUCAACGACGGCUGGCACAAGCACAAGGCUGGCGUAAUGAGCUUUAUUGCUGCGAACUUUAUGGCCAUUCUCAUAUUUGUUCAAGUCAGCCCAAUGAUGUGGAACUCCGUGAAGCGCGGCAUCCACUACCUUACCGAAGCCCCGUCAAACGCCGAGGGAGAGCGGAAGGAGAAACCCAGAAAGCGAAAAGCGGAGGCAGCAGAGGAGCAGUCCGGCUUCAAGGCGGAGGCCCCAAACGACACCAUGCGUGGCGGGCUUCUUCGAAGUGUACCGUCUCCUCAGACCCCCUGGGGAAGCCGCACAGAGCACGGCGAACCGGCUUCGAGGCCGUCACAGUCUUGGCAGACAUCAUCUUCACUCUUCGACGACACUGUCGGCGCCAUGCAGCAGCCAGAUGCUCAGCAGUCCUUUAACGAGAUGCACAAGGAUUUGUUUCGCACUCCGGAUGGUAGUGCACAAAUCAACUUCGACACAUCCUUUUUGGUGAAAAUGGGUGAUGAGACCACGUUCACAUCCUCUCUAGAGAGAGAAGCACUGACGGGAAGUGUGUCCUCUCAUUCGCUUUAA